AUGGAUAAAGUUUAUGUCAUACUGUCUGUUAGUCGAAGCGUUCAUUUAUCAUCAUCCUAUGAUGUUCAAAUUCGUGAAAUAAUUGAACGAAUUGAAAAAGAAAAUUGUCUUAUUGAAUUGCCAUUUAUAAGUGAAACAAUAAAUAUGCAAGAUUUAACAUUGUAUAUAAAAUCUGAAUUAAAUUCUAUUCAACGAAAUAUAAAUGAUUCAGCUGUACAAGUACUAUCAAAAUCUAUCUAUCAACAAAUAGAUAAACAAACACAGAUAUUUUAUAUUCUACGUCUUAUUUUAAAUCAAAGUUAUUUAUCACAACAAAGUAAACAAAUAAAUUUAACGAAUAUAAGUAUUGAUGAAAUACUUAAUGCUUAUAUUGAUCAUUGUGAACAGAAAUUUGGUCGAAAAAUUUGUUCAUUUAUAUUUAAUUAUAUAAGUUCAUCUCAAUCGGCUAUUGCUGAAAUUGAAUUACUUGAUAUAUUAUCAUGUAAUAAUGAAUUCUUUUUGGAAUAUUAUCAAAAAGAUUUGCCGAAACAUCUACGUUUUCCACCAUCAUUAUGGAUUGCCGUGAAAUAUAUCUUAGGUCCACUUUUAUCUGAGAGAUAUUUCGAUUUAAAAGUUGUUCUCUGUUGGAGUCAUUCAUUUAUUCGACGGCAUAUGAAACAAAGAUAUUUAAAAAAAGUUGAAGAUAUUAGAAUUGCACAUCGAGAUAUUGCAAAUUAUUUUCUUGAAGCUUUUAUUGAAUCAAAGCCAUUAGUUGAUAUGAAUCGGAAUCUUCAAAUCAGAGGAGAUAGUGGUCGUCGUUUCAUCUUACAACAACCGCUUCUUUAUUCUGAAAUAGCAUAUAAUUAUCGACGACUCGGUGAAUUAUGGUAUCAACUAAUGCAUUCUGGCGAUAUUGAUCGUUUAAAAGAAUAUACAUUAUGUUGUUUCGAAUAUUUAUUAUCAAAAGUUCAUGGCCUAUCUGUUGAACAACUUCUAUGGGAAUUUGAUAUAAUUUGUAGUAAUAUUCUUGAUGCUGAUGUACUCGUAGUACAAACUACAGUAAAAAAUAUUGUAAAUAUUAUUUCAAAUAAUCCCAUGUUAUUCGCUGGAGAAAUUAUUUUACGAUUGAAAAACAUAAAAAAUCGUUACAGUGAACAUAUUGAAUCUUUAUAUACUCAAGCAUAUGAAUGGUGUGAAGCAUGUGGCGUACCUGUGUUUGUACCAAUAUCAUCAUGGAUAUCAACGGUUCCACCCAUGACAAUAACAAUUUUACCGUGUACUGAUGGAGCAUUUAAAAUAGCUCCAACGACAUUUAAUCAACAUGUAUUUUGUACGACACGAAUAAAUGAAAUAGCUAUGUAUCAUAUACCAUCGAAAAAACUUGUUAAAAAAUUUAGUGGUCACUCAGAAUUAAUAACAUCACUCCAGUUAACAUAUAAUAGUAGAUUCUUAGUAACAGCAUCAAUAGAUCGAACAAUCAAAUUAUUUAAUCUGAGUUCGGGCGAUCUAGAAAAUACUUAUACUGUUCAUCAAGAUGAAAUACUUUGUAUGACAGUUUCACAUAGUAAUGAACAGAUAGUGACUGGUUCACGUGAUCGUUCAAUUAUUGUACUUCGCCUUGAAACAGGUGAAAUUGAAUAUUCAGUAGAACAACAUACAGAUGCUGUUACAGCUGUUGCUCUUACACAAGAUGAUGGCAUUUUAGUUUCAGCUUCACGUGAUAAAACAAUUAAACGAUGGACUUUUCGUGGAAUGCAAUUACUUGAUGUUAUUGAUACCAUAAUAUCACCUAUUCAACAUAUGAUUAUAUCAGCAGAUGAUACAUUCAUAAUUGCUGCUUGCGAUGAUACAUCAGUUCAAGUUAAAUCGCUUGUAACAGGAAGUGCUAUUCAUAAUCUCGAAGGUCAUUCAUCAGAAGUGACAAGUCUUUCAGUAUCACAUGAUUCAAUGUGUUGCUAUGUGGGUUGUAGUAAUUCACAUGUUUAUGUUUAUAAUCUUCGUUCAUGUCUUCUACUACGCAUAUUAACUCAUCAUACUUCAUCUGUUCAUGAUCUUUAUGUAUCAGUUGAUGAUUAUUUUCUGUUCUCAGCAGCUGAAGAUGCAAUACAUGUUUUGAAUGUUAAACAACAAUUUAAUGGUUUUCCUGGUGAUGGUUCAUCAUCAUCAUCGAAUGCUAUUACAGCAUUGUCAAUAUCACGUGAAGGUGAUGUAGCUAUAGCUGGUAGUUCUGCUGGUGUUGUACGAUUAUUUAAUUUAAUUGAUGGUGAAUUUACUGAACAAAUUGUUGAUCAUCGUGCACCCGUUACACAAGUAGCACUUUCGCAUUCAUAUUUAUUUUCAUUAUCGGGCUCAAGAGAUACAACUGUUAAAGUUUACGAUAAUGAAAUGGGAGAAAUUGUUGCUGAGUUUACUGAACAUUCUGCUCCCAUAUCACACUUACGUAUAUUGGAAGAUAAUCGAAAAAUUUUAUCUAGUGAUGAGCAAAACUAUAUUAAAACAUGGUGGGCAAAUACAGGCGAAUUAAUUGAUUCGUAUAAUGUACCAUGUAAAAUGCUUGCUGUUUCUCCUGAUGGAAAAUAUGUCGUAUCUGGAAAUGGAGAUAAUAUUUUAAAAAUUUGGUCGUUAGACAAUGCACGAGUUGUUCGUUCAAUCGAUCAUACCGAAGGAAAAAUAACUUGUUUGGCAUUUCGAGCUGAUUCACAAUAUUUAAUUACAGGUGGCGAAGAUUACAGUUGCAAAUUAUGGGAAUUAUCUUCGGGAAAAUUAACACAAGUUCUCGUCGAACAUGAACAAUGUGUUACAGCUGUCGCAAUAAGCGAAGAUGGGAAACAUGUUUUAACAGGUGACAAAAGCGGUCAAGCAAUCAUUUGGUCAUUUAAAGAUGGAGCUGCUGUGCAUAAAGUGACGAUACAUAAAACUGUCAUUGUUUCCGUCUCAUUUGCUACCGAUAGCAAUAUUGCUAUUAUUGCUUCUCAAGAUGGUCUUCUCUCUGCUUGGUCUACUGUUGCUGGUGCAAAGUUAGCUAUAUUUUAUUUUAGCCAAAAUCUAAUUAAAUUACUUGUUUCACAAAGUGGAGCUCGUUAUGCAGCAAUUGUGCAAAAUACAUCAUGCCUUGCUAUGCUCAGUCUCUUCAAUAUUUCAUUUAGUGAUGGCUCUAGAAUGGCACAAUGUCAAAGUCAAGUGUCUCCUGAGAUCAUCGGCACGAUGUUACCAGUAAAACCAAAGCCAUUACUUUAUCCAAAAGAUUCAACAAUAUUGGCUAAUUCUCGAGAAAAUUCGAAAAUUGAUCAAUUUAGUGGUGAUACAAUACUUCCAGAUCCAAUGAGUAAAUCACAAAGUAAAGAAUUUUUCAAGAAAAAACAACGUGGCCCCAAUAAAAGAAAUAGUACUACUGGUCUUAGCGUUAAUAUUGCUAAUCCAGCAGUGAACACUGCCCCGCUAAAUAAAGGAUAUCAUAUACAAACAUCUCGUGGUAGUGCAGCUGGUUUGGUCGCUAGUGGUGAAGAUCCAGCUCUUGCUGUUAUUAAUCCACAUCCAUCACCGACAAUACAUCAUACAAAAGAAAAACGUACAAAAAUCUGUUGUUUAUUGUGA